AUGAGCGACCCGUCGACGCCGCCACCGCGGCGCAAGUCGCUGCUCGAGCCCCUCUUCGACUUCUUCCUUGGGCGGCGGCGGUCGUCGGCCCGGUCGCAGAGCCAGGUCUUCGUCGAGCCCGACGCCGCAUUCCCGGCGCCCGCGCCGGCCGCGGGCGAGCGGGACGACGCCGCGCCGCCGCCCGUGUCCGCGGCCGCGGCGCCCGAGGCCCAGGCUCCGCGGCGCGUGUCGCUGCCCGACGAGGAGCCGCGGGCGAGCCGCAGGUCGCGGUCCUUCGACGACGACCGGAACCGGAGACCGUCGCUGAAAUCGCUCGGGAGCAACUCGCGCGAGAUGGUACAGACGCUCUACGACAUCCUCGACCACGGCGACGAUGGGGGGGACUUCCACGCCUACCUCAAGUCGAAGCACGCCGAGGAGCUCGUCGACUUCUUCAGAGAGUUCCGCGCCUUCGCGAGCCGCGACCGCAAGUCCUCCAACGAGGAGAAGCGCGUCUGGGCCUUCCGCCUCUACGACACGUACCUCGUCGACGGUGCGAAGCGCAGCGUGAACCUCGGCGAGAACGCGGCGGCGAUCCGCUUCCACAUCCACAAGGAGUUCGCCGCGGGCAACUUCGCGCCCGCGGUGCUCGAGCCCGCCGUCGACUCGUGCCUCUACCUCGUCGCCAUGGGCGACCUGCACAAGUUCGCGCGGCUCCAGCGGACGCGCUACGGUGAGGACGACCUCGAAGCCGGCGACGACACGCGCAAGCUGUCCCUGCGGAACGUGACGCGCGCGAACUUCAUGCAGGCGCUCGACGCGUACGGCUAG